AUGACGACGCACGAGUACACGUACUCGCGGUCACCCGACCACCCGUACGCGAUGGAGAUGCUGCCGCUGCCCCAGGAGGAGCUGGACGGGCUGCUCAUGGACGCCAAGGCGGCGUUCGACCAGCUCUUCUCCGCCGUGCAGACCGCCGUGCGCUUCGGCAGCGACGGCGAAGUGUUCAACGUGGCGCACCGCACCGCCGACUGCAAGUCCAUGGCCAUGUGGACGACGUCCGUGCUCUUGGGGACGGUGGAGGAAGUGGCCGCGCUGUAUCUGGACCAGGACGGACGCGUGCCCAUGGUGCUGGACUCCGCGCGCUCUCGACGACUGUACCAAUUGGUGGCCCCAACGGCUGAGAGGCCGCUGUACGGCGCGUCAAUGCGCUGGUCGCUCUGGAAGCCCCCGACCAAGCUCUCGGACGGCCGCGACGUGUGCUUCCUCGAGUACAUGGACUCGUUCAUGGACGUCGACACGGGCCGCCGCGUGUGGGCGCGCGGCAUGCGGUCCAUCAACCACCUGUGCUGCCCGGCCUCGCAGCACCCGGACGGCCCCGUGCGGACGUACAUGCGCGUGUCCGGCAUGAUCUUCAGGGAGACCGACCGUCCGAACGUGCUGGAGCACGUGACGUUCGUGCACAUCGACGGCCGGGGGCUGCCCAACUGGGUCGUGCAGCAGGCCAUCGCGGCCAACAAGAAGGCGUCCGACAACCUCAACCAGGUGCUCAAGAUCAUGCGCCAACUCAAGCCGCAGCAGGCGCCCGGGUCCUCCAGCUCCUGUUCCUCAAUCGACGGCGACGGAGAGCGCGACUGCAAGGCGUGCGGCGACCGCGUCUCCAAGUGGACGAUCGCCAAGCGCUGCCGCUUCUGCGACGCCAUCCUGUGCAAGCGCUGCGUCGAGAUCUGCUACCACCGCGCUGACGUCAGCGGCAAGAACCACCGCAUGUGUCUGUCCUGCGCCAUCUACACGGGCUCGGUGAACCCCACGAGCCGCAGCCUGAGCGGCCUCGACUACGGCCGCUCGCGAACGCGCGGCCGCAAUGCAACCGUCUCUGGAGAGCGCACGCGGCCCACGUCCGACACGAAGCUCGGCGGUACGUACGCGUCAUGUCGAAAUGCUGACGUGUCGUUCAUCCCUGUAUUAAUCUCUAUCUCUGUGCAUUCAGCCUUCACCAAGCAGAACAGCCUGCCGGCCUACGCGCUGCACUCGAGCGUGUGCUCGGAGGAGGAGCGACCGUCGAUCUCGCUCACGGACUCUGUCGGCAGCGGCUCCCGCGACGACCCGGCAACAGUCCGCGAGCGCUUUGAGAACCUGCACCUGUACAGCCCCACAGCCAGCAGCGCCAACAGCAGCUCGGACGGCAGCACGCAGUCGAACGGGGUGCAGCAACAGAUUCAGCAGCCGCCGCAACGGCCACGCCCUGCGCGGGUUGCACGCGCGCUCACGCUGGACUUGGACUUGGAGCCGCGCCGAGCCGAGCCCAUCGACCUGUCGUAUCUGUCCGAGCUGGUGACGCCCCGCGCUGGAGCAGCGAACACCCGCCGCGUCGAUAUUUAA